AUGGCCACACCAGCGUCCAGAAUUUCUAUCCCUAGAUGGGUACCAGGCACGUGCCAUACACGCUUCUCCUAUCGACGCGGACUUCAAGAUGUUGCCGUCACACGGACAGGCAAACCCAUUAUUAAAGUGCAGGGCGGAAGGCAAGUAGAGAACGAGGGCCAUACUGCCACCGUAUUUGGCGCUACUGGGUUCCUCGGGCGAUACAUUGUCAAUCGACUUGCUCGUCAAGGCUGCACCGUGGUCAUCCCUUAUCGGGAGGAGAUGGCUAAGCGCCACCUCAAAGUAACUGGGGAUCUCGGAAGGGUUGUAUUCAUGGAAUUCGAUCUUCGGAACACCGAGUCAAUAGAACAAAGUGUCCGGCAUUCAGACAUUGUGUACAAUUUGAUUGGGAGGAUGUAUCCUACUAAGAAUUUUACGCUUCAAGAUGUGCAUGUGGACGGCCCUGAACGAAUUGCGGAAGCUGUGGCCAAGUAUGACGUGGAUAGAUUCAUUCAUGUCUCUUCAUAUAAUGCGGACCUGGGAUCCUCGUCUGAGUUCUUCCGUACUAAGGCGCUUGGUGAGGAAGUUGUUCGCAAUAUUUUCCCGGAAACUACUAUUGUUCGCCCUGCGCCGUUGUUCGGAUUUGAGGAUCGCCUAUUGCAUCGACUUGCUGGAAUCACUAAUCUUUUUACUGCAAAUCAUAUGCAGGAAAGAUUUUGGCCGGUGCAUGCAAAUGACGUCGGGCAUGCUCUUGAGCUCAUGAUGCACGAUGACAAUACUGCAUCUCAAACAUAUGAACUCUAUGGUCCUCAGAAUUACUCUAUGGCUGAUAUUGCUGAGAUGGUCGAUAAAGAAAUUAUCAAGCACCGUCGCCAUAUCAACCUUCCAAAAGCUGUCCUUAAGCCUGCUGCAAAUCUUCUCAACAAGAUCUUGUGGUGGUCGACGCUCUCUGCCGAUGAAGUCGAGAGAGAAUUCAUCGAUCAAAGCAUAGAUCGCAAGGCCAAAACUUUCGAGGAUCUUGGUAUAGAUCCAGCUGAGAUCAAGGAUUUGAUGUUUCAAUAUCUGCAAGGAUAUCGAAGCUCUGCUUUCUAUGACCUUCCACCGCAAACUGAACGCGAAAGACGAGAGGAAAAGAAAUUUUUGCAUGUGAUUGAUGAUCAGUAGCUAGGUCUGGAGGCUAUUCCAUGAAACUUUCGGAUUCCCAGAUCGCUUCUUCAUCCCCAGUCAAACAUACGAUCGAACGUUCAUUUAGAUUUGGUAAUUUCUGAAUUUUUCGUUUCAAAUGGUAAUGACGUCAACGAAAAAUGGUAAAUCUGGCAAAUUUUAAACUAAACAUACUGUUCUGUCAUUCUUGCAAAGUCCAAUUCAGACUAAUUCUCUUAUUUCUGGCCCUUUAUAUGUUUUUCAUAGUCGAAGUUCGAGCAGCGAAACUAGCAUCGAUAUCAACAUUAUUUCCAGUUUGCAACGUUUUUGAUUUGGACUUAUGAUGUUUUUUGAAGCGCUACCCCUAUAUAUAAGUCCGGAUUGAACUCCGAGUGAUGUCUUGCACCAAGUUAUAAAACCAUGAAAGCUGUCUCCAGUAAUAGUUGUGCUGUCAAACUUGGAAGCGUCGGCCGCUUCGCCUAAUUCAAAAGACGGGAAAGGAAGGA